CAAACAGCUUAUAUAUACAAUUAACUAAAACAAAACGUGAAGACACUCUUCUCCAUUAACACUUGCUUCUCUUUAUUAACUUCAAAAUACCCCAAACUUAAAGCCGAAUCAAGAACAUGUCCGAUCACCAGAAAAUUCAUCCGGUGAGCGACCCCGAAGCGCCGCCACAUCCAACGGCUCCCCUUGUUCCACGUGGUUCCUCAAGAUCGGAACAUGGUGAUCCUACCAAGACACAGCAAGCAGCACCGUUGGAUCCUCCGAGGGAGAAGAAAGGAUCAAGAAGUUGUUGGUGCAGAUGCGUGUGCUACACGCUUCUUGUCCUCUUUCUCCUUAUUGUCAUCGUAGGAGCGAUCGUUGGUAUACUCUACCUUGUAUUUAGACCAAAAUUUCCGGAUUACAAUAUUGACCGGUUACAGCUAACCCGGUUUCAACUAAACCAAGACUUGAGUUUAUCCACCGCAUUUAACGUUACCAUAACCGCGAAAAAUCCCAACGAGAAAAUUGGAAUUUACUAUGAAGAUGGAAGCAAGAUUAGUGUCUUGUACAUGCAAACCAGAAUCAGUAAUGGGUCGUUGCCAAAAUUCUACCAAGGACAUGAGAAUACUACUAUUAUAUUGGUAGAAAUGACUGGUUUUACUCAAAAUGCAACAAGUUUAAUGACGACAUUGCAAGAGCAACAACGGUUAACAGGAAGUAUACCGUUGCGGAUUAGAGUUACCCAACCGGUUCGGAUCAAACUCGGGAAAUUAAAGUUGAUGAAAGUAAGAUUUUUGGUUAGGUGUGGUGUAUCCGUUGAUAGCUUGGCUGCUAACAGUGUGAUUAGGGUUAGAAGUAGUAACUGCAAAUACAGGUUUAGACUAUAAUUUUCAUUUCUUAUUCAUAAUUAUUUUAAUACUUGUCGCAUUUAUUCAUUACUCUAUGGAGGGGUUGAGUGUUGUAGUUCCCCCCAUCUGGUCGUCUCCUUUAUUUUUUAAGAAAGAACAAUUUCGUUUCACACUUAUAAAUAACUAAUAAAGGAAACUUUCUAUUUG